CAGGCGCGCUGAGCUCCGCAGCACACCAUGUACCGUCAGUGCCGCCUGACUGCGUGGGGCUGCCGAGUCCAGCCGGAGCUGCCGGGCGCUGUGUCGCUCCUUUCCCCGCAAACUGUCCGCCGUCAGCGCCGCGGUGCCUUCGGACAAGCAGGGUGACUCUUGUCCAACGUUGACUCCCGUACGUAUGUGCCAAGUCUGACAGACGUCUGUUCGAUGGCCGCCUCGGGCUCCACCUCCACCGCCGUGCCUGAGGGCUUCCGUUAUGAAACCAAGUACGUCGUGCUGAGCUACCUGGGCCUGCCGCCGGCGUCCCGGGCCCCGGCACCGGCUGCUGCUGCUGCUCCGGAGGAUUCCCAGAACACGAGGGAGAGGAACAGAGUGAUAAAGGAGCAGAUAGAGGAUGAGCUGAGACAACUGGAAGACGAGAUCUCCGCCUCAUUCCCCAGCACGGGAUUCGACCGCCACACGUCGCCGGUGUUCAGCCCCGCCAACCCGGACAGCUCCAUCGAAGACUGCCUCGCUGCGCUGGGGGAUCGGGUGGCCAGAGACCUGGACACACACCUGGCCGCAGCGGUACACACACUCCUCACUGGCCCUCUGGACUACCAGAGCUUCAGAGCUGUAACGCUGGAUGUCUCAACACACACACAGGGAGGCUGGAGCAAGGUGUUGGUGCCCCUCGUGCUGCUCCAGGCGCUGCAGAGCGAGGGCCAGCCCCUGACCACCCUGCUGCCUCUGGGUGUCGGCUUCCUCGAGGAGGCUGAGUCCGACUACAUCAUCCAACAGGGCGGAUGGGGUGCAGUGUUUAAUCUUGAGGAAGAGGAGGAGCGAGGCAUAAUCAUCGCCGAGGACAGCAACGAUAUCUACAUCCUGUCAGGAGAGCAGCACCACGACCAGCUCAGCCCCCCCUCCUCACUGCUCUGCACCGGUGACAACAGCAGUGGGCAGAGCUCCUGGCAGACAGAAAGCUUACCCGUGUCUCUAGCAGGCCACGACUCUUGGGCACAGGUUGGCAUGAUGGACCCCGAAGACGUCAAGAGCCUGGACAGCAACGAGGGCAUGGCCCUGGCCGAAGAGCGCAGCGAAAAUAACUCUUCGAAUUCGGACAUUGUUCAUGUUGAGCGCGAGGAGGCUGAACUGCUCGAGGAAGGGGGCGAAGGCGGAGCAGCAGAGGAGCCUGAGCUUCAGGAAAGCAUGAUGAGCGUUCUAGGCACAGAAAGCGAGCUGGCUGAGCUUAGGGCGGCGUUCAGGGACCAGACUCCACCUAAUCCAGUCUCAUCCGGGGCCGAUUCUACAGCUCCGGCCUCCUUGCUUUCAUUAGAGGAGCCAGUUGUAAUAGAGACACCUGCAAGCUUGUCGGCAGAGCCGUCUCUCGCCUCCUCAGAACCAGAGCGGCCUCCUGAAGUCCCUGAAGCUGCUGCUCCUUCCACUGAGCCAGAACCUGCAGCACCUCUACCUGUUCCUGCAAUAAAGCCGGACCCUGAGCCAGAGACCGUUGCUGCAGCUGCCCCAGCACCUGUCGAGGAGGCCCCUCCGUCCCCGUCCCCAGCCCAGGAGGCCCCAGCGCCGACUCCCACAGCAUCAGCAGAGCCAGAAGCCACCUCAGAACCAGCUGCCGAACCAGAACAAGAGCUGGAACCAGUCACAGCACCCUCCCAGUUAGAGGAGCCCCAGCCUGAACCAGAGACCGUGGUAGAGCCAGAGGCCCCACUGGCUGCAACCUCAGCCCCGGAGGCUGUAGAAGCCCCUGUAGAGGCCCCGGCUGAGGAGCCCACAGAGACAGCAGCAUCUGAGCCUGUGUCAGAGCUCCCGGUGCUGCUGUAUGGAGGCGCUGCCCUGGCAGCCCUAGCUGCUGUAGUGGCGUACGGUGCCCUGACCUACAGGAGGAAGUAGAAUAGAGUAGUAUUUUUUCCUCAAGGGGAGGGCCUUUCCAAAAGAAUGCAACAUUACAGGACACUGAGACAGAAAUGAGUUCAGUAAAUCUGGUUAUGAUGGGUCUCUCCUGACAAAUUGUGUUGGUAUCAUGAUAGUUGGCUGUAUUUCUGUUUGCAAUGCUUCUGAAGGUUUUGAAUCUGUGAAAACACCCCGCCCCCCUCGAGACCCCCAGACCUCUCUUCAUCCUCAGGCUUACUGCUGGGAUCCUGGGCUGCUUUGCUCCCUGCCUAACUACGUUCACGACAAUCCACCAGGUGCAAGCACAGACAAGGGGGAAAUAAUGUACUCCUUUGUACUCUGUACUCAUUUUCAUUGUAUGUUUUGUUCUGCUUCAGUCUUGCCUUCAAUUGUUUGUGACUCUAGACCCUCGACCUCUCAAACUGGAAAGUGUUUUGGACGUGUGUUUUCCCUUUUGCUUGUCUUGGUUCCUGUUGUGUGCUUGUGGUUUGGUGGUUUGUGACAUCUGCGCACACAUGGAAAGUAUAUUGACAACGCUCUCUUGGCUGAGGUAACCUUCAAAGCCCACAGUGGCUGUUACACAGUGUGAUUUCGGAGCUUCCAAUUUUCGCGAGAAUGUUCGAAAAAGGAAGUAUUUGCAUAUUGGUUUCCCUUUAACUGUUUUGCUUUUUUUCUGAUAUGCAAACCUGAUGAUGGGGAAAGUAAACUGGCAAUUUGAUUUUAAAACUGUGACAAAUUGCAGCACAGUAAUGUGACCUUAAAAAGCAUAUUAGGUUAAAUGUAUUAAUUUCUGCCACUGUAGUACAAUUUAGCUCCCAUUGUCGACAAAUGCUUUUUUCCCCCCCAUAUGGCACAUAUGAUUUGACUCUUUAAGUGUGCAACAUGUUUUAUUUCCACUUUUUGCAUAUUGAAAAAAAAAACACAUUAAAGAUCUUGCCCAACGA